GAACGGUAAAGCGGCUUUAUCGGUUUGAAGCUGUUGGAGGCAAGUAAUGACAUUUGAUUUGUCACGUGUCAAAACCUUUUUUUCUAUCUUUGGAAUAAGGACAAUAACAAUAACUAGUCAUAUUAAAAUGUCUAUUGAAAUUUUACAGGCCGAUUGUAAAAGAGCAGUAGCUAAACUCGGUCAUCUGAAUAAUGACGAAUUGGAUGGAAUCAUGAAUGAUGAAGAGAAAAUUCAAAAAAUCCUCUCAGAGUUGGAUCAGUCAUACUUGAAAGAAAUAGAAAAUGAGAAGGAAAAUAUGUUGGCCAGUAAUAAUUCCAUGGCUGAAUUCAACUUAUCAAAAGAACCUGAGUUGGUAGAAGGACGUGAAAAACUACAAGAACUAUCUGAAUUGGGAGAACAGCUUUCGAAAAGUGUUGAGGAAAAAACCAAAGAAUUGAGAGAUAAAGGUGGUGAUAUGUCCUUAGAAACCGCGUUAGCAUUGCUUCAAACUGCUGCCAGUGAGAUGGAAGAAGAAUCUGACAAAGUUGCAAAAAAAUUCUUGGACAGCGAAUCAGAAAUUGAAGAAUUCAUAGACACAUUUUUAGAGAAGCGUAAGAUUAUGCAUAUGCGUCUGGUGAAAGCAGAAAAACUUUCAAAACUAUUGCAGAGGGAUCCAUCACUUGGUAAUCCUAACUACAUAAAUGCUCCCCCAGUCAACAUCAAUUCCAACUAUUUUCCUGGUAUUCCCACAAAUACUCCAAGUUCACUACCAUAUCCUAUUGGACCUCCUUCAGUGCCUUAUCCCACAGGUCCUUUGAAUAUGCCUAUGCCUCCACCUAGAAAUAAUUAUUUUCAAAAUCACUAUUGAUAAAAAAAUAAUUUGUUGUAAAUUUUUUUUUACGAACCGAUUAUGAUAAAACUGUAAGAACUCGUGCAUAAAUACAGUCGUCUACUGAAAACAAAAGACAAAAAAAAAUAAAUUCAAAUUGACUCAAAUUUCUGCAGAACUGUUCAACAAGCCAAGAAAACACAAAUUAAUUUGUUUUAUAUUUUUUUGUACUAAAAAAUAUUGAGAAGUUGCCAUCAACCGCAUCCCCAUUUGAAAUUGUUAGGGGGGUGGUUUUUUUACCGUUAAGUUUGAAGUUAAAAUGAAGUAUGAAUUUUAACAGAAUGAAUUUUUCAAAAAUUAACUUGAAAAUGUAUAUUUAGGUAUUAUCAUGUAAACAUAGUAAUUUAAUAGUUGUAAUAAAUUUUGUUUCAAUAUU